AUGGGCCCAUUGAUUGUAUCAGAUAAAUACUUGGUGUCGGCCCACCUGUAUUUAACAGAACAAUACAUUCAUCGGCCCACAUCCGCUGGCCUGUGUAGAACAGGGAUAUUUCAACCUCGGCUGUCUGUUUCUAUCAAGGGUAAAGUGACUGCAGGCACAGUCCCUUUCAUGUCACGCGGGCUUCUCAACCAGGUCGCAAUCCUGCAGCAACAGGCGAACUCGCAAUCGCAAUCGGUGAAGAAGCCGAUAACCCCGAAAUCAUCCUCUGAUUCUUUGUCUCUGCCGAUAUCAUUUGUCGUUCAAGGUUACGCGGAUGACCUGGAGUCCCUUUUUUUUGUGUUCGCUUGGGUUUGCAUCAAGUUCAGCGGUCCCAACGGCAUGGUGCGCGAGCCCUUACCCAAUUCCUUACUGGAUCUAUGGACAAGCCUUGACUUGGCAUCAUGCACCGCUUUCAAGAUCACCUUUUUCGCGAAUCCAGCAGAUGAAAAGUGUCUUACUGACGAAUUUCACCCGUACUUCAAGGACCUGAUCCCCCUCGCAACACAGUGGUGUAGAGCUUUGGUGGACAACAUGAUCCACCCCGUCACCUUCAGUACCAUUCUUGGUAUACUCAACUCGCAUCUUGACAAGCUCUCCAAUGACGAGGAGCUCGCAUCUACUAUGAGCAUGCUCAGGGGUGAUGCUGUCAUUCUCGCAGAUCAUGUCAAGGGCAAACAGGUUGCUUCAAAGUCUUUCUCUGAGACUGUGGUACAGCCUAAGCGGCAGAAGUCUCAUCAUAGCGACACUGAGUCCGACUCAACAUCGGGCAGUGACGCAUGA